GGAAGCGCGGAGAACUGUGUUGCACACACCCAGCAUGGAUGCUCCCGUCAUUGGCGCCCCGAUGACGAAGCGGAGGGAAAGCCCGCCGUGCGCCCUCCAGACGCUCGCCUGGCUCAGUCCCCUGGGGACCAUCCGAGUCGACGCCUGCGACAAAGGCGUGCACGCCAUCCGCUUCCUAAUGGAUGUCGCACCCGCUGAAAGGAGCGGCGAGGGCCCCCCGAGCCUCCGCCCGGUCAGCGGCGGCUCGGCGGAAACGAGCCCCGAGUUGCGGCGUUGCCUGGAAUGGCUCCGGGCGUACUUCGCCGAUCCAAGCGGCGCUGGGACUCUCCCGCCGCCGCCCGCCUUUCACCACCCCGCCCUCGGAGCAGACACGUUCACCAGUCGCGUGUUGCACGUCCUAUUCCGAGACGUAAAAGUCGGAGAAACGGUCUCCUACAAACAACUGGCUGAGAUGGCGGGAAACCCCCGAGCGGCUCGGGCGGUAGGCGGGGCCAUGAGGAAGAACCCGAUUCCGCUCAUCAUCCCCUGCCACCGAGUCAUUUCGAGCAGCGGCCAGAGCGGCCCGUACAUGAGCGGCCGGGGCGACCGCCUCAAACAAUGGCUGCUGGCCCACGAGGGGCGACGGCUGACGCACGACCGACGUCAACUCGAUCAAGUACUGAAGAAGAAAAAAAAAAGGAAAACAAACACAUAAAACACAAGCGCAAAGUUGAGUGCAAACGUAAAUAUUCCAUUUCAAUUUUUUUUUUAAAUCUAAGAAUAGAGACGCUCGCACAGUUAAUGCGCUAGCGAGUCGUCGCCGAAUUAGAACGUACAAAAAUAACUUAAACAGAGAAGAGUCGGAUUUACAAACAUUGCAAUGCUCCCGUGGGCCUUUGCCGCGUUUGCCAGAAAGCGCUUGGAAUGGUUUUUCUAAAGCGUUAUUAUUCCCUUAAAAAUAUGUCUCUUGUAUUGUUGUUGUUAUUGUUGUAUUUUUCCUGAGAGCGGAAUUAGUCUUUGUACCUCUCGUUGUUUUUUUAAUUUCCUGCCAAGCGAGUGCUUUGUUCGACAUCCAGUGAUAAAGGCUCGGAAAUUUUGCCGAAGCUACAAAGCUUUGUAGCCGCGCGCUCGUUUCGUCUCCAUUUAGAUGCCGUCGCUUGCUCUCGUCGCCGUCUCGCCGAUGCAUUUUAUAUACAACAGCCUUUUCAAAUCCACGCUGUCAAAUUAGAGCCUUUCAUCAUUUUUAAUUGCGUUUAUUUACAAUAAAAAGUUGACCGCCUCGGGCUCAUUAGCGAUUAGGCCGCGUGUCUUUCACGAAGUCUGUGCAGAGCCGCUUCUCUCGCUUUCCCCGCUCGCUCGCUCGCUCGCUCGCUCGCUCUUUCCGAGCCAAGCGUUUUCCAUUAGAGGGCAGUGCAGAACGGCAAAACUGACAUCCCAACAUUUCAACCUGGAAUUCAUCUUUGCACAUUUGAUCCGCAACUUACGUGUUUAUAUGUUAUUCCAUUUCCCCGCGCAACCGCGUUUAAUCCCUUUUGAGAGCAAUUGUUUUAUCUCGGAAGGACCAUAUGGAGGGGGCAACGGGGAGUGUGUGUGUGUGUGUGGUUUGAGUGAACAUUUCCAGUACUACCCCCCCCCCCCCCCCCUUAAGGAUCUUUUGUUGCGUUGACGCUUUGCUUCUUUUCUCUCCCCCUUAUUAAAUUCUUGAUUCUCCUCACCGUCUAAUGCAAUUCCAGAGUGACCCUGACAUGUCCAUAGUUAUUCCUCCUCUGUGCAGCACAGGUAGCCUAAUAAUCCAACCUCCAAAAAUAACCUCGACUCUAACCUUUACUGAUCCAAUUCCAGCGGCCCUCCCCUUGAAUACAUUUCAACUUUGAUUUUUUUUGCGCUGCAUUUUUGAAUUGCGACGCGCCGGCGGAGCGAGCAAUGCUGCCGUCGGUAAGCGCGGACGGACGUGGAGGCGGCAGACAGGCAGAUGAAGAAUGAGAGCCAGUCUGCGCUUUCACAGAGGGCUAAUGAUGCCUGUGGUGACUACAGGCUACAGUCAGCCCCCUAACGAAGGGAGUUGUGACACAGCCACAAGGGGUCCCAUUUAAGCUCGGCGCACUCUGAAGUGCACUGUAAGCACCCUCCUUUUCUUUUCUUUUUUUUUUUUUGCUCGUGGCUAACUAAAUUCAGCGGAAUGCUACAAAUUUAGCGAGCGGAGUUGCUGCCGUCUGGAGCUGCUGAAAACAAGUCCAGCUUCAAAGCGUCCGCCGAGCCACCAGUAAUUGGCCGUGUAAUUGCUCAGGUACCCUAGGCAACGCUUUAUAUUAAAUAUUUCACACCUUUUUUAAAUUUUUAUUUAUUUUUUUACAUACCCCACGAUAUAUUGGUACUCGCGGUAUUAUUGGUGUUUUAUCAUUUUGGAUAUCCAACAGACAGAAUUUGAUUAAAAGAGGCCGAGUCCAUCUCAUUACGCCAAAGCUUUAAUUUUGCCCUAAUAUCCCCCCCCUCCGGUUUCAGUGGGUGCACGAGCGUGCGGCCACGCGUGCUCAUGUGCGCACAUGUGCACGUCCAUAUGUGUGUGGGUGAAGUGGAUGAUAUUGAGUCUGACUUCAUAAAUCACCCAGACACUGAUAAACUCCCCAUGCACCCACACAGCGCUAAUGGGCAACCCUUAAGGAGUGUGAGUGUCUCGUGCGGCGUUUGAUUCAACAUUUAUUAACCCCCCCUCGCAUGUGCUCUCUCUCUCACACCACACACAUGACAUACACUCCCCACAAAGAAUAUGUUGCUAGCGUGAGCCAGUUCAUACUUUUGACCCGGCCAGGUUGCAUUCAUCACUGGCGGCCGAAAGAUUUGAGCGCGGCGGCGGCGGCGACGACGGCGGCCCCGACGUUGGUUUCCUUCCCAUAACUUACAUCCUGUCUGCAACUCCCCGCUUCCCAUCUCGUAUCCUGGCACCCCUCCUCAUUAUAGAACAAUUUUCUCCCCCACAUCAAAUACAAACACACUCCACGCUUCCGUGUCCUGCUCCUUAUACGUGUCGGAUCAUAACUCCGCAACUCCCCCCCCUUCCUCGGUAGAAAGGCGAACUGGGUCCUGCAGCCACAUCAGUGAUUCAUUCAUAGCGGCUUUUUUAUUAUUUCCAAGAAGUUUGCCGGCUUUAGAAAAUAAGAAUUGGAAACUUUCCGGGGAGCACGUGAGGCAAGCUGAGAUGGGCACAGUGCCGCCGGCAAGCCGGAGGAGUGUUUGCUAUGCAGAUAGUCCAGUCAGCCAGACAGACACGGGAAUAGAUAGCUCGCAUAGACAGACCGAGGCUUGGCCACACUAUCGGGUUUCCUCCCCCUCUUGUCUGUCUGCCGGGACCGGCUGGCCUCGGAGGCCCUGACAGCGAGGCACCGUGCAGCCAGCCACGACAGCUGCCGCGGCGGCAGCCUCAGAUGCCGCCGCCGCUAUGCUACGCAAGCGCUGCUACCGCAAAGAGCAAUAUCAUCGCACACGCGGCGGGCAUCUUUGGAGAGGGACGAGGGGAAAGCGAUUGGAGACUUGUAGGCUCUGCUUCAGACAGUCGUGACGAGAUUGAGCAGGAUUGUUUUUUUUUUGUUUUUUUUUUACAAAAAUAUAAGGCACACUUUAUAUUCUCCAAAAAUGAUAGUGUGCCUUAUAAUCAGGUUUUAUAAAUAACCUGCUAGUGUGUGUGAAACAUGACAGAAAACAAAGGCGACGGGGCCCGAUACCUUCUUUUGUACUUCCUCCCUUUGAAAAUGUAAACAGCUUAGAUUUCUGAUAUCUGAUGAUUUGCUUUUCUUUCAUUCAAUUUUGAACGUUUGUAGAAUUCGUUUUUGCAUGUUCAAUGCUGGCUUUUCGGUUUGUCAUCAUUUCAAAAACUCUGUCUAAACAUUUUAGCAAUUGCACCGAAUUGAGGCCGAAUAAAGUUUGACUUAUU